GCCUCAGCCUCGCGUUCCGCCUCAUUCGCUGAGCAGGUCCGCGAAUUGUCAGCGCGCUGCGGGCUACUGCCGAGCCGGAGCCGGCGGGCUUGCCUUGCUUUCCCCGAGGUGUCCCCCCGAGCCAAUGUGCCCCAGGCCGCUGGGGCGUGAGCAGCGGCCAAUUCGUGGCAACUUGGGACCCAGGACCCGCAGCAGGAGCAUCGGUUUGCGAUCAAGACUCCACGAGGAGGAUGGAAAUCCUGCAUGAACGUGGAAGCCAUUAGCAGAGUAAUUGCUGUAUGUUACCAUGACAACCAGCCGCUGCAGUCACCUGCCCGAAGUCCUGCCAGACUGCACCAGCUCGGCUGCACCCGUGGUGAAGACCGUGGAGGACUGUGGCAGCCUUGUGAAUGGGCAGCCACAGUAUGUCAUGCAAGUUUCAGCCAAGGACGGGCAGCUGCUGUCAACAGUAGUGCGGACUCUUGCCACACAGAGCCCUUUCAAUGAUCGGCCAAUGUGCAGGAUCUGCCACGAGGGCAGCAGCCAAGAGGACUUGCUCUCUCCGUGCGAGUGCACAGGGACCUUGGGGACAAUUCAUCGGAGCUGCCUGGAGCACUGGCUGUCGUCCUCAAACACCAGCUACUGUGAACUCUGCCACUUCAGGUUUGCAGUGGAGCGCAAACCCAGGCCGUUAGUGGAGUGGCUCAGAAACCCUGGCCCUCAGCAUGAGAAGCGGACUCUGUUUGGAGACAUGGUGUGCUUCUUGUUCAUAACGCCCCUGGCCACCAUCUCGGGCUGGCUGUGCCUGCGGGGCGCCGUGGACCACCUGCACUUUAGUAGUCGGCUGGAAGCCGUCGGGCUGAUUGCACUCACUGUCGCACUCUUCACUAUUUACCUCUUUUGGACACUACCCAGCUUUGCUUCCUCGGCUCCCACCAGACCCUUGUAAAGGACAGAGUCACAGGAGGAAAGAAGCCUUUCUGCCCUUUGGUGUGGUGUGAAAAAUGUGCUGUGGAGUCAGCCCAGCAACCGGCACUGAAUACAGAAUAAUUCCUUCCCAGAUAAAUACAGCACUGAGCAGCCCUGGCAAGAGCCUUAAUUCAGAAGCUGACAGCACUUGGAACCUGCCCCACGGCAGAAACCCACUGUAAACAAGCUGUCAGGCUUAAAGAGAAUAUGCUGUGAAAAUGCCUUAGAUAAACAAACACGGUGUCAGUCCCAGCCUGGCAUCUGCAGGAGCAUUUGCCGGAAGGGCCGCACACCAUGCCACGCCAUCCACUGUCAGGUGCCCCUGGUGCUUCUUGCCAGCUCACGUGGCCACGAGGGCCCAGUCCUGAUGCUCACCCAGGAACCCUGCUCUCUGUGUGGUCAGAAACUCAGCUGGGGUCCAAGAGGCCAGGGCUUCAACCCCUUCCAACCCAAGAGCUCAGGCACCAGGAGCCACAGAAACAUCAGCACUGAUGGCCGAAGUGAGAAGUCCUGGGACAGAUGCCAAGCUGCAGCAUGAGAAGGGUGCCCACGUCAGCAUGAAGACAUUGUCCACAAGGAGCUGGUGAGGUGGCGAGGAUUGUGGAUAGGACAUCAGCUGGUGUCCAGGCCAGCAUGAAAUGAAUGAAAGACCAGGUCGUCAGAGGCUCACUGCCUGGCUCACAUGCAGAUCAUGCAAACCCUUGUCAUGAAGGAGGGACGCUCCAGAAGAACACUACCCUGUGAGGGCUCCCUGCCUGGCAGGUGCCACCUGUACCCAGGCAGCCUGGGAGUACUCAGUGCCAUCCCCCUGCCCUGGGACUGGAAAAGCAGCUGCCCUAAGCCCCAACCCUGUGAAUGUGCUGAUGUCACACCAUAACUUCCAGAGAGAAAGGGCAGAGGACGAAGAUGAAACUAUAAGGUCUCCUGAAGCCUGCCAGGACUUGAUAGCAAACACCUGCAGUCACCAAGAUGCCAUCCUCUCCCUGGUGGGGACAGGGUGGCCACCAGCAUUCUCUACACUUCUGGUGCCAUCGCUGAGACACACUCUGGGCCCAUGGUAGGCGGCUGGUCAAUGAAUGAAGACACUCCAAGAAAUCUGUCCAUAGGCUUAAGGGUCGUAUAUUUAGAAUACUGGCCCAAUACUCUUGCUUCUUGCUUUCUCCUAGAAACCUCAGCAAUAUAAGAAAUAUGUAACUGGAGUUCUAACAUGCCUGCUACAGCGCCUUUUUGGUUUAUGUAAUUGUUUCCUCACUGACUUUAUUCCUCUAAACUAAGCUUCCUUUUUGCCUGUUAUAAGGCAUUGCAGGAAGCUUCUAGAAUAACCCAGGGCUGGAGCAAACCUGUGGUCGCUCUGCACUGUACUCAGCUUCCUUUAUUAUCCUAAUAACGAGUUACCUUUAUGAAGCCUUCUUCUAAUGGACUGGAUUUGCCUGCACAUCUCAUCUGGUUGUCUACACACACAUGUGGAUUUUUUUUGCCCUUGGCCAAGAAACCAGGACACCUGCUACGUCGUUGACCCCAUGUAUUCCCUGAUGCCAUGCUUCUUGGGCUCCAAUAUAUAUGCUGAUCAUCCGGGGACCUUUUUCCAAUGCGCUCUGGUUCCUCCCUUUGGGUGGGCCCCUGGUUCUGAAAGUCGGACAAGCUCCCAGUGAUGGAGCCUGCUGCCCCUCACGACCACACUGAGAGCAAAGCCUUAAGGAGCCCAAUCUUUGCUUCUUCCCCCAGUUUCCUGGAAUCUACUAAGGAGUGUCAGAAAAUAAACAACAGGCCAAGGACACUGGCACGUGUGGGGCUGCAGGAUAUGCAUUAUCUCACAUGCACUAUUCACACAUGACAAAUGAGGGAACUGCAGCCUGUUGAUGCCAAAUAACCUCCCAAAGUCACAUACCAGCAAUUGGAGGGUGAGGAUUCCAACCGGUGUGUCUGGCCAUGGAGCCUGUGACCUGCUGCCCGCACAAGCCACAGCUACUUCUGAGCUGCCUUGUGCAGAAUGUGCCCAGCCUCUUAGCAUCGCAGAGGAAGGACUUCCCAAUGUGUGAUCCAGUGCUCCUGUGGUAUCUCUGGCUUCCAGGCUCCUCAUUAGUUCUUCCUGUGUUCUACCUCUUUCUUGCCCUUGGCCCUCAACCUCAGGCUCUCCAACCUGCCACUGACAUUCAUGAGUGACACUAGGCAGCAGCAGGGUAGUCAUUGGAAGAGAAUCCAUGUUUGGGGGGAAAAAAAGAAAAGAAUGGAUCCACUUUGGCAUCUUUGGGCCCUUGUGGAAAAAAGCACAUCUGUGUGAGUUUAAAAGCUUAUAUUUUCAUACGCAAAUCUCCCUGGCACUUAGCCUGUGGCAUCUGCUUCCUAGCCUCAGAAAUGUGAGCGGGUGGCCUUGAAUUUCAUGAUCCUGCCAGCAGACGACUAAGCUCUUUCUAAAUAAAGACCUGUGCUCCCCUCUGCUUCCAGAAAUAGGUCAGCCCCCUUCUGACCACCUUGGGUCCUCUCUGGGGGUCCAGACCAGUCUCCAGGCUCCUGUCCAUAGUCAACUCGAAUGAUGCAUCAUUCAGAGCUCCUGGGCACCUUUCUGCCCUGCCCUGCCCUUCCCUUGGCAUCUGGAUGCACUCAAACGGGUACCUACUCCAUUUUUAAAGGCAGUUCACACAUCUUCAAAAGUAUAGGAUCUGAGUUUCCUGGGCAGUGCAUCAGUGCUUCAUGCCAGAUUUCUCCACAACAAACCACAAGUUUCAGUGUGUCAUUCCAGAAUAUUUACCUAAAAGCAAGCGCUUUGGAGGCAUAAUUAUGUCACAGUUGACCACAGAAUUCACCUCUCGUGCUGUCCUUGUAUUAUGUAAGAGCAACUUCAGUUUAAAGCUGUGUUGCAAUCACAAAGCCCAAGUUCUGAAGAAUUUCCUGGGUGCCAGGCACUGUGGUAGGCUCUGGGCACGUGAAGCUGGAUAUAAUGUAAGCCCUGUCUCAAGGUGCUGUUCACGCACCAAGAGACAAGAACGCGUACUUGGUGUACAGCGCCCUGCACGUCUGCCUGAGCAGGCACAAGGUGCUGCGGGCUCCCAUGGAAGUAGUGCUUCACCCAGCCCGUGGCUCAAGAGGGCUUCUCUGGAUUGGUGGUGCCCAGGCUGAAUCUUCCUCACUGACAGCUGCAGAGAGCUAGGGCUGUGGGUGGUUAGGGAUCAAAGCUCACCAAGUACAGUUGUGCACAUUGUCCCUAAACCUGCAUGAAGGGUGUCCUCCGUGCCAUCAUGGGAAUGGGUCCCUUUGAGUUGUACAGUGUCUGGCCUGUGGACAGAAACAUGAAACUCUGGCAUCCCUGUCAUUUAACAGAGAGGAGCCUGGGCACCAGAGAGGCAUAUCAGCCGUGUCACACCCUGUCCUGAUGCCUCCAGCUGACCUUCACAGCUGACAUCUGGGGGCCCACUAGCCCCAAAAUCAGUCCAAACGCAGAAAGAACUCACUUUCCUACUCACGUUCUGAUUUGAUUCAGGAUGUGGGGGAACAAAGGCACCCACCCAUGCAACCCCAGCCAUAGGCUCACACGGGAUGCUGGCUUUGGCUGGUGAUGCAGCUUACAACACUGCACUGCUCACCAGCACUGUCUUGUCCAGGGUGCAUGCCCCACUGCGUCACCACUGCCUACAGCUGUCGGCACCUGUUUCCAGAAGCAGUUGUUUUUGAGAGCGAUGAUCAACUUCUGCUCACCUGAAUCCCUUCUCUUAUUUUUCUUCUGCCAU